AUGCUCCGUCGACGUACCGGCGGCGGCGCGCAGUUCAAGCCGUUCGUGCUACCGGUAAAAACCGCGUCCGUACGCACUAACGCGCACCAAGAUCUAGACGCAGAUGCAGACGAUAAAGAAGUGAGCAAAGCAGGUACUGGCGAGCCGCUGUCCGUCAAGCGACUUCCGUUCCUGUCGUUUCUAGUGAUGGAGCCAGAGCAACGGACGCAACGCGUGCGAUGUCCGUUCAAGUCUCCGUGUGGGAGUGAUGGUCGCUCGCAGGAGAGUCACCACCUGCUGCAUGUCAAGACGCUGGGAAUGCGACGUCGCUGGGGUCCUGUUGUGUUCAAGCCAAUGGCUCGCCACGAUUUGCCGCCCGUGGAAGUAGAAGUGGACGCAAUUGAGAUGCCUGGGGAAGAGUUGCAAGUGUCAUUAGUUGAAGAACCGGUUGCUGCUGCUGUAGUAGCUGACGCUCCGCCGCCGCUGGUGUUGUGGCAGAGUGAGACCGAUCCAGAGCGUCAAGUGGUGGUGCCUGAAAUUGUGGGCAAGUUCUUACGACCUCAUCAGAGAGAAGGUGUACAGUUCAUGUUUGAUUGUGUGUGUCAAAUCAAGGGAUUUGAAGGACAAGGAUGCAUUUUGGCCGACGACAUGGGUUUGGGCAAAACACUGCAGAGCAUCGCGUUGAUGUAUACACUGUUGACGACAGGUAUGGACAUGCAGCCGACGCUGAUUCGAGCAAUUGUAGUGUGUCCGACGUCUCUGGUGAAGAACUGGGAUGACGAGAUUGUCAAGUGGUUGCAUGGACGCGUAAAAACGGUGGCUCUGUAUGAAGCGAAGCGUGAGACAGUGAUUAAAGGUAUUAGUCAGUUUAUCGAGGGAAGUAAGAGACCACGACCCGGAUUCUCAGCACAGGUGCUUAUCGUUUCGUAUGAGACGUUUCGAAUGCACGCGCAGAAGUUUGCCGAUACGCCUGCCUGUUGUGGGCUGCUGAUUUGUGAUGAAGCACAUCGACUGAAGAAUGCCAAUUCUCAGAUCAACAAAGCAUUGUCUUCGCUGGCAUGUCGUAGACGAGUGUUACUUUCUGGUACACCUAUGCAAAAUGAUCUGGAAGAGUUUUUUGCGAUGGUGGAUUUCACGAACCCCAACAUUUUAGGCACACCGAGUGAGUUUCGGAAGAGUUAUUUAGGGCCGAUCCUAGUUGGACGAGAACCGGAUUCUACAGACCGUGAGCGAGGAGUGGCGCAGUCUUGCUCAGCGAUGCUAUGUGAAGUUGUUAACCAGUUUAUUCUACGUCGAGGCAAUAUUCUGAACGCGAAACAUCUGCCGCCGAAGCUAAUGCAGGUAAUUUGCUGCCCACUUUCACCGCUGCAGGAACAGCUCUACAUGCAUUUUCUGUCCUCGAGUGCAUGUCGUGAUAUGAUGAAGCGACAGAGUGUCAAUGUCUUGUCAUCGAUUACCGCGUUGAAGAAGUUAUGCAACCAUCCUCUGCUGAUCUUUGACGAAAUGGGAAAAACCAAUACGAAGCUUCCCGGAUUCGGCAAUUGUGCGCAAUACUUCGCGGCUGCAAAAGAAUCUAGAAACAGUGGAGCGGAUACCGGUCGAAGUCGACGGGGAGGCUUUGGAGGACGCACAUGCUAUCCAGAAUGGUCCGGAAAGAUGCUUUUGCUUGAUCGCUUAAUGUCUUCGAUGAGGAAGACAACGACAGACCGUAUUGUAAUUGUAUCCAACUACACUCAGACGCUGGAUGUUGUAUCGACCCUCUGCCAGGAGCGUCAUUUGCCGUUUGUUCGGUUGGAUGGAAGCACGUCUGCUAAAAAGCGAAAGAACCUAGUCGACACGUUUAAUGAUCCGUCUACGAAUUCAUUUGCGUUUUUGCUGUCGAGUAAAGCUGGUGGGUGUGGUUUGAAUUUGAUUGGCGCGAAUCGUUUGGUACUUUUUGAUCCUGAUUGGAAUCCUGCGACCGAUAAGCAAGCUGCAGCUCGUGUGUGGCGUGAGGGGCAGAAAAAAAUGUGCUUUGUGUACCGCUUUUUGGCGACAGGGACACUUGAGGAGAAGAUUUUUCAACGACAGCUUUCCAAAGAGGGUCUUCAGAACAUCGUUGAUGACAAAGAGGAGGUUAACUCGCUGUCAUCGAAGGAUCUCAAGCGACUAUUCGUGUUUCGGAAAGACACCAUGUCUGAUACUCAUGAUCAGUUAAAGUGCGACCGUUGCCAGUGGCGUGAUGUGGACAACGGUGGUGUCGAGGACACUCCAUCUCUCGUCACGGUUGAUGACAACAAUGAGAGUGAGAAGGUGGCUGGAAGCGGAGCUUCAUCAGAAAAAGACUUGACAAGUGAUGAGGACAGUUCUAAGGAUGUAGCCAAGGGCUAUCAUCCGCAAAUUGGCAUGCCGCCAGAGGAAGAUUUGAAUAGUUGGGGUCACCACCGUUCCUAUGCUUCUGUCGACGACGAAGUGAUGCAAGCGGCUCUUCAGCAAGUGCGCGAUGACUUGGUGAGUUUUGCGUUCAGCUGCCGCAUUGACUGGGAGUUGCUUCAGGAACACCAAGCUGAAAAUGGCGAAAAGGAGAUGCUGCGUGACGAGGAGCGCAAGCGCAAGCGUCUGAAAAUUAUCGAAGCCACGAACAAAGUGUCAGCUGAAGAGAAAAAUAGGCUCAAACGCUCCAAGUCGAAGAAAAAAUCGAUUGUUGAUGUAUCGGAUGGAUCGGAGAGCGACUUCUCGAGUGAUGGCGAGGAAGGUGACGAUAACGACGAAGUCCUUGGUGAGAGUGAAUCGGAGAGUGGAGAUGAAGGCGCGUUUGAUGGUGUAUCGGGGCAAAGCUCUUCAAGGACAGAAGUCGAUAUUCCGUCUGUCCCGAAACCACAGCACCGGCGUUCUGUAGUGCUAGCUUCGUCUCUAGAGGUAUCGUCUCACCCAGUUCCCGUCCAAGCUGUGCACUCCGAGCUGAAGAGGAAGGUGUCUUUCGCGCCAGAGGUCGACGCAAGUUCCUGGUCCCCAACGAAGUCAAAAGUAUGUGAAUUCUCGGAUUCCGAUGACGAGGAUGCUUUCGUCGAAGAUGCUCUAAACGACCAGCGCUCGGUGCGUAGUCAGGCCACACGUACGCUGGACGAGUGCAAAGAAAGCGAGGCUCAGUCCGCCUGGAGCUGUUCGCGGUGCACGUUGAUUAACCCAGCAAGCAGUCUUAACUGCUCAAGCUGUGGCCUUCGUUAUCGGCGGUCUCGUCCUCAGAUAAUAGACUUGGGCGACGAGAACGAUGAAGAUUGGUAG